CCGCACCACUAAACCUCCCCCCCCCUCGCUGUUUGCCUGUCGAAUUUUAUUUUUUCUCUCGCUGAUUCGACUGCCCGCAGCCGCGGUGAGAAUGCACUAUGCCUGCCAGCAAUGGCGACCACGUUGCCGACCCCCGGCAUCCUCCCUCCCUCUCGCUCUCGCUGGUCCCUGACCCUGAGCUGGAGUCCUUCUCCUCCUCUCUCCACCCGGCUCAGACCCUGCCAGAAGCGCCGGACGACCCCUGGAUGCCGCCCACAUCCUCCUCCUCGCCGUCUCAGCCUCGUCGUCGCUCCGUGGGACGAGACCCUUCGCCCGACCCCAUCGAGUUCUACCGGCCUAGUCGGGCAGAGACGCCCAGCAACAACGUCACACCGCCAGGAGGAGACCCCGGGGCUGCUGCGGUCACGGUGGACGACGUCAAGACCGUCCGCCACGAGGAGGGAGCCAGGGAGUCCUCUGGAUUCGCCUCCUUAGAGAUACCCAGGACUGCUGCCGCCGCUCGUUCACCUCCCUCCUCCCGCUCAGCCGGCCCUCCGCCCGCCAAAGCAAUACCCGCCGUUCGCGCCCGCCACGCCUCGUUCAAAGACCUCGUCAACAAGUUCAAUACCAACGUCGAUCAGGUUCUGCCGCUGCCGGCGAAGAAUCACGGCAGCAGUCCGGUCGACCGUCCGCGGGCGCCGCUCGUACCUCGUUCCUCUCGUCUCGCUCGUGAUUUUUCGGCGCCUGGAGGUCAUUCUUUUGCCCGUUGGAACGCCGCGGAGGAAGCCACCGCGCCCGCUGCGGUCGCUGCUGCUCCUGCUGGUGGCGGCAGUGGUGGUGGUGACGGUGGUCGUGGUGGUCGUGGCCGAGGACGACAACCAACGCUCUUUCAAGAGCUGCUCGCUCUCGACACUACUGUCGGCCAGCAGUCCGUCUGGUCGUCGUCGUCGGCGUCGACCUCGUCUCCGCUCCGCCGUAGAGGCUCCGAAGGCAGCAUUUGCAGUCCCAGUCCGGCCCUGCUCGAUUGGCAGCGUUCGACCGGCUCGCCGUUGACACCGACAGCCUGGUAUCUCGGACGUGCCCCGUCUCUGGAAGCGGUUCAGCCGGUGGUCAAUGCUAGGAGAAGCAGCAGCAGUCACCGAAGAACUCGCAGUGAUCAUCUGUUUACAACAACAACAACAACAACAACAACAACCCGCGAAAACUCUCCUCCGCCUCACAUGGCGAUCUCUUCUUACUCCCCCUUGCUUACGAGCCCAGGAGGCUCUCCACAUCCUCAUUCCCGCAUUCCUAUUGCCUCGACCCGUCGACGGAACGAGGCUUCCGACUCGGAGAGCUGCCCAACAUCACCCCUAGCACCCUCGGUAGCAUCCACUACUACCUCGACAACCACCACCAUCAACAACAAUCACAAACACAAUUACAAUCACAACAACUUCAACUCGAUUACCACCGCCUCCUUUGGCGGACGUCCCGUGUCACUCCCUCCCAAGGGCACCAGCCGUCUCCCCAAACCAGCACCCCGUCCCGUUACCCCUGUCAACGAUGCUCCGCCAACGUCUACGCCCUUGACUCUCCGCUCGCCGCCGGCUCGUAGCGAGAUGGCCCACGGGCGGAUUCGCCCGCAGCGGGCGGAUCGCAGCCCCCUCUUACAGGCCUACGUCGCUGCUCCGCCUCCUAAAAAAUCCCCUCCGCUGCGCAGCUCGCGCCCGCGCCAGCCUGUCUCCAUGGCCACUACCGUCGCCUCCCGCUCGCGCGUCGUCGAUCGCGUCUCUUCCUUCCAUCAGCAACAACAACAACAACAACAGCAGCAGCAGCAGCAGCAGCAGCAGCAGCAGCAGCAGCAUCAGCAUCAGCAUCAGCAACAGCAGUUUGGUAAUCGCGACACCAGAGAUUUUCGCAGCCUGCGUACCCGAGAACGCCGGCUUCCGGAACUCGGUACUGUCGACUUUGCCGCCCGUCGCCAAAAAAUCCAACAGGCUUUCAAUCGCACCGUGCAAGAAAAUGCUCGCAAGGAGGAAGAAGCGGCCCAGAUCCGCCGACAAUCCAUAGCUUUGCUAGAUCACAGCCUAGCGCCAGAAGUUAUUGCGGACGUCGUCGCCGUCGUCCCGGAGAGCCCUGCAGUAGUGGACAGCCACUCGAUGCAAGACCAGGCACCUCCCGCCGCCGCCUCCGAUGUAGGGGGAAGCACCACUACCUCCUCCUCCCCGUCUGUACCUCCUCCACUGCUCACCAUCAAGACCGAUGAGCCCUCCUCGUCAAACCCCACGGAGUUGACUGAUGAUUCGCCCACGCUGGGCCUCGAAACCUCCAUCGUCCCCCAUACUCUUCCCCCUCCUGCUGAGACUGGACCGGUCCAACCUCCUCUCGUUGAGGAGGCUCCGGAACCCUCCUUCACCAAGUCGCCACCGCUGGCGGUAAUGACGGCGACGCCAGCCGUGAUGGACCAGAGCUCAUCGCCCGUGGAACCAUCGCCAACGGCAUCGCAUGUCACCACGUUCGAUCCCGAACCGCAGACCGAACCUCCGACGCAGGAACCCUCGCAUCGGACGCUGCUGAGUCAGAUCAUGUCCAUGCGCGAGUCGAGCCCGAGCAGCGCUUCCUCCUCAUCAUGCGAAGAGGAUCAAGAGUUUUGCUUCUCCGAAGACAAUGAUGAUGAUCAAGAAUCCAUCUCGAUCAUGCUACACCAGGUGGUCUACAAUGCGGAUGCCCGGAUCCAGAGCGCGCACCACCCUACAAACAAGCCCACCGCUCCCGGUCAAUCACGUCCAGUCUAUGAACCCUCCGAACCGAUCGCCGCCAUUGAUAUGCAGAAUCAUCGAUGGAGCAUGAGUUCCUGGUCGUCGUCACUACGCCACCAAACCUCGGUUGAUGACGCAUGUGAUGGAAGCGGAGAGGAGCUGACGCGGCCCGCCUCCAUCCACGAGAGCGUAACGACGCUGCCGUCCUACGCCGCGUCGACUGCUCCGCCCUCGGAAGCAGAAGAUGCGAUCUGUCGGAUAUCGACGACAGUGACGGUUCCCACUCUGGCCCCCCCAGCCGAGAUCGACUCGCGGUCGGACUUGUCCCAUCCAGGGUUCAUUUCCCGUGCCCCCAGUCUGGCUCGACAAGGUGGCUGGGACUCCAAACGAGUAUCGAAGCUCUAUAUGGAUGAGCUCGCCCGCGGCCGCACGCAUCCUCUCCCAACCCCUGCUGUCCGUGCCUCCCCGGAACCACGUCUAUUGCCGCGGGACGUCACCGCCACCCAUCAUCAUCAUCAUCAGCAUCAUCAUCAUCAUCAUCAUCAUCACCCUGAGGGACGACCUGACAGUCUGACGGACGAUCCGGUGCUUGUUUCACGACGUGAUGCCAGUGCUGCUGCCAGUCUCGUCUUCCGCGAUGACUGGGAACAUGCAUCCCCUUCCAUUGCAGAAUGGAUGCAGAUCGCUGCCGGCGAAGGCCUCACGCCUCCCCUCCCAGAGCAGGAGACCAUCCCUCCCGACAACACCACUCCGCGUGUCGUCCCUCCACCAAGCCUGCACUUCAUGCCUUCCGACGGUGAUGAACUGGGUCUCGGUCUGGCCAUCCACGCCCGGAAUUCUUCCCACCUUCAAGAAGGGAAUGCGAGGGAAAAAGAAGAAGAAGAAGAAGAAGAAGAAGAAGAAGAAGAACGACCCCCACCACCAGUGCCACGCAACGAUCCACCACCGCCGCCACCAAAGUCAACCGACAUCCACCACGAUAAUUCUCUCCAUCUUAGCAUCUAUCCCAGUUACCCAACCUCCAAAUCGGCACCGCAGCUGGGGCAGCAGCCUGUGCCCAGUGGCGGCAGCAGCAGCCAAGAUUCCUUGCAACAGAUUGGACACAUUCCUUCUCCACUGACGUGGGAAUCGUCGGCUACCUCUCUUAUUCCCUGGAGCACGGAGACCAUAGAUCUGCCGAUGCCGCCCCGGGUUUCCCCAUCACCCGAGCAACGUCGCUUGAAAAAACGCCGGAACAUCAUCAAGGAGCUUGUGGACACCGAGUAUACCUUUGGGCGGGACAUGAAGGUCGUGGACGACAUCUACAAGGGGACAUCCAGUUCGUGUCUGGACCUGUCGGCCGAUGACGUCAAGACGCUCUUUGCCAACUCCGACCAGAUCGUGCAGUUUUCCAUGACUUUCCAAGACGCCCUCAAGCAGGCCGCCCGGAGCGUGUACGUGAUGCCCAAAUCGCAGCGCUGGAGCAGCAAGCGCAGCUCGCGGCGGAACCUCGCGGCCCAGGCACAAGCGCAGCCGCAAGUCGCCCCGCGCCCCGAGACCCCCCACGGUGUUGCCGGGGAUGCCUCUGCAGAUCUGGAAAAGGACCGGAUGACAUUUAUCGGACAGGUCUUCCUGGCGCACAUAGGCCAGAUGGAGAAGGUGUACGCGGACUACCUGAAGAAUCACGAUGCGGCCAACCGCAAACUGCAGACACUGCAGAAAAACCCCAAGGUGGCCAUCUGGCUCAAGGAGUGCCGCGACUGGGCCGCCGACCUGACGACAGCCUGGAACCUGGACUCGCUGCUCGUCAAGCCCGUGCAGCGCAUUCUCAAGUACCCGCUUCUGCUCAGCGAGCUGGCUGACUGCACGGCGGCGGACCAUCCGGAUCGCCCGGCCAUCCUGGAAGCCCUCGAGGGGGUGACCAACAUCUCCGUGCGCAUCAACGAGAUGAAGAAGCGCGCCGAUCUGGUCGGCCAGGUGGUCGGACGUAAGCGCAAGGAGUCGGACGUGCGCACCGGCCUGUCCAAGGCGUUUGGCCGGAGGACGGAGAAGCUCAAGCAGCAGGUCGGCCUGUCGGACAUGGUCGAGGACAAGGACUACGACGCCCUGGCCACCCGCUUCGGGGACCAUUUCUUCCAGCUGCAGGUUGUCAUGCGCGAUGCCGAGAUCUACACGCAGGAACUGCGAUCCAGCCUCGACAAGAUCAACGCCCUCGUCACGGCGGUCGAGGCCGUCGUCGACGUCUCGCCAUCCUGCUAUGUCGAGCUGGAGAGCAAGUGGCGCCGUCUGCGGGGGUGUUUCCGUGAGAUCAUGGGCGUCGCUUUGGAGGAACAUAUGACCAAAGUUCGGAAAAGCGUCAUCUCCCCCAUGCUCACCCUGCUCAAAAUCUACGAGGGCCCGCAGCGGGUAAUGCGAAAGCGAGAUAAACGACUGAUGGACUAUGCGCGAUUCAAGGCGAUCCGGGACCGCGGCGACAAGCCGGACAAGCGCACGACAGAGCAAGGCGACCAGUUCACCGCGCUCAACGAGACGCUCAAGGACGAGCUGCCGAAGUUGUAUGCGCUGACGGCGCGGUUGAUGGAAGAGUGUCUGGCGAACUUUGUGCAGCUGCAGGUCGAGUGGUUCGGAGUGCUGCAGCGGAUGAUUGAGCCGAUCAUCAGUUCGCCGGUCGCGGCAUCAGUGUUGUCGUCGGGCGCAUCGGCAACGUCGGCGACAUCAGCAUCGCCAUCAACGUCAUCGCCAGGCCCGGACGAGUUAUCGCGCAUCAUCACCGACUGGGCCAGUGACUUUGCCUUCUCCGAGGCCCAGGUGCUGACCCUGGGUAUCGUCAACGGCUCCCUCCUCGCCGAGACAAUCAAUCUGGUCAACUUCAAUACCCCAUCCUCGACCACUGUGGUCGGCUCGUCGCGCCGUCCGUCAACGGUGGCCAGCUCCAGCACCCGCGUCGGCACGCUCGAGGACUCGCCGCUCGUGUUACAGGAUUUCGCCAGCGUUCUGCAGUCCCCCUCUGUGGACAGUCAGUCGCUACGCUCCGCGGGACGCCACCGCGCCGACUCGACCUUCUCCGGCCGCGCGGCGGCAGACUCGUUCGACCUGCCACGCACCCAACUCCCACAGAUCAUGAGCCCUCCUCCUCCUCCUCCUCCUCCUCCUCCUCCAGCAGAACCACCUAUCUCUACUCUUCCCACCACGACAACCACCACGACUAAUACUCCGGCUCUGACCGCCGCCGAGCCCUUCCCCUCGCUGCCCCAACUCACCUUGGAUCAGCCCUUCCUGGCGGAUAUGAUCAAUGCGGCGCAGCAGCAAAAUGCAGACUCAGCGGAUACUCACCACCACCACCAGCAGAUAACUCCCUCGCCCGCUGCAGGGCGGUACUCUGACUUUUUCUCGUCGGCGAUGCCCAUGUCGGACUCGCUACAGACAACCACCACCGCAGCCACCAUGGACCCGCCUCCCACCCUGCAGCAGCAGCAGCAGCCGCCCAAAGUGCUUUUCCUGGCGGCGAGCAUCUACGAGUUCAAUAUCGACCGGGCAAGACGCGAAGCAGGGUAUCCCUACCUCACGUAUGUCGCGGGGGAAAUCUUCGACGUGAUUGCCGAAAAGGGCGAGCUGUGGCUGGCGAAGAACCAGGACGAUGCCACGCACCAGGUCGGCUGGAUCUGGAACAAACAUUUCGCGAAGCUGGCUUCAGAGUAGCCUGUCGACAUCCAUCCUCC